AUGCCUCAACUCAAUCCUAACCCUUGAUUCGCAAUUCUAGUAUUUUCAUGAUUCAUUUUCCUCACCAUUAUCCCAACCAAAAUCUUAAAUCAUCUAACACCCAAUGAACCAGCCCCAAUAAGUGAAGAAAAACAUAAAACUGACUCCUGAAACUGACCAUGAUAA